UCGGUCUUAGAUCAUGGGCUCGGCUGCUCGGAUGUGAAGGUGACGGUUCGGGUCGCGAAAACAAACUACAUGUCACAGUGAAGUUCAAAAACGGGCGAAAGCUCGGAAUCAAAUAAUUCAGUGACGCGUCUCUAUUAUGUGACCGAACUUAACUUGUUGAUUCUGUUACCCAUUACGAACGCAUUUUCUCGUGAUUUCCCACGAAAGCGGACGGGGUGGUUUUCACUAGUUUUGCGGACUGCGCCAAGUGGCGACUGCCUGGCGUUCCAGCGAGCAGGUGUCUGUGACGUCACGGAACAUGUUAACACUCAUUUCAUUGAAAUGUGGACUUUUUGAUUCGCGAUCGCAGUCGCACCCUUAACGUCAAAAAGUCGUAAUCGUUCUCAAAGGGCCAAAGCGCGCAUUGCCUUUGUCGCCAGCCGUUUCCCAAGUUUGAGCCGAUCUGAUCUUCCUUUCCAAUUCUUUACCAUGUCCAAGAGUAAACUUCAUCAUCACUUUGACAGCGGCAUUGUCGCCGUCAAAAGCAAGUUUGAUGCCGACAUAAUAAGAUUCUCGAUCAACCGUAAUGAGCCAAUAAGUUAUGAGGAUUUCCGGAAGCUCCUGGCUGAAAGGCACGACAUCGGCCCAGACUUGAACUUUCACAUUCUGUACACGGAUCCUACCGAUCAGGAUUUGUUGCCAAUCAACAAUGACAACAAUCUAGCUAGGGCUCUUCUCGCUGCCAAACCACUACUCAGAAUUUGCAUACAAAGAAAGGAUGAUACUGAAGACUCAAAUGGAUACGGAACGAUGAAACCGAAGAAUCUGAUAUCCAGCAUUUUGGGAGGAACGCCCGCAAAAGCAAAAACUCCGGUCAUAUCAAAUCCACACGAUUUCCGACAGGUUUCUGCAAUAAUAGACGUGGAUAUUUUACCCGAAACGUGUCGUCGGGUCCGAUUAUUGAAGCACGGUUCCGAUAAACCUCUGGGAUUUUACAUUAAAGAUGGGGAGAGUUUUAGAGUAUUGCCUCCAUCGGCAGGAAGUGGAAUUGAAAAAGUUCCUGGUGUCUUUAUCAGUAGAUUGGUUCCGGGUGGUUUAGCGGAAAGCACUGGACUUUUGGCGGUAAACGAUGAAGUCUUGGAGGUCAACGGAAUCGAGGUCGCAGGAAAAACUCUUGAUCAGGUGACAGAUAUGAUGAUCGCCAACUCUUCAAAUCUAAUAAUCACAGUGAAACCAGCCAAUCAGCGAGCAGCACUAACAGCUCCACGACGAGGAUCAUUUUCUCGCAAUAGUCAAGUUUCGUCGGGAAGUCAUCAAUCGACGCAGAGUGCCGCGACCGGAAGCGACGAAGACGCGGACGAAAUCGUCGACCUAACAGGUGUGACGCUUCACGAUGAUGCGCCCGGGUCUUCCUCCCAUCAUCUGCACCACCAUCACCACCAUCACAAUCACUUUAGCCACGAUCAGGGAGUUUUACAUCUCUAAACUUGCUUCCUACGAGUCUUCAAUUUUUUCUAAUUCAAAUUCCUUCAUUCAAAUGAUCGAGCAAAAACUCUUUAAUAUCAGAUGGGAAUCUGGCUUUUGAAAAUCAAAUUCGCUUAGGUACUGUGAAAAGAAUUUAAUCCCUUAAAGAAAAAAAAAACCUGGAGAUAGUUUUUUUAUACAUGUUAGACAAUGUUGUCUUUGGGAGCAGAAUGAAAAAAAUGGAAAUAACGUUUCUCGCUGGGAAAUUUGGAGAACGCAGUACGUAAAUUGAAUCGCUGCGAGUAUAUCUAUUUGGUAAAUAACUUAUUCUCCAAGUCUGCUUCAAGUUUCUUUGAAGGAAUUGAAUAAGUUUGGAGCGCGCGGAUAUUUAAAAACAGGGAAACAAAUCGAGUAUUAUGGAACGUCAGCGUCUCAAGUAUUAAAUCAAGUACUUAAUUAGGGAACAAGUGUACUUAAGAGAAGAACAAGAGUCGCUCUACUUCCUUUUUAACGGCUCAACUCAGUCGGACUCAACUCCGAUCUGGCUUAGAUAUUUAUCGAUUGAUUUUUAACCAUAUUGAAUUGUACAUAAAAUAAUAACGAAAAAGUGAGGAGACGGAUUUUGCUAAGUUAGUAGAGGGUCGUUAACAAAUAUAUGAUCUGUAAAUAAA